GUCCUUUGGACUGGAAGGACCUCUUUCCAUUUGCCAGCAAACAGCCAAGCCAUGAAGCAGUCGGGACAAAGAGGCACCAGAAACACGCUUCAGCAUGGAAUCGGUCCAAUACUGGUUUUAGCCCAGUUCUUUGGCGUUUUGCCAGUUUCAGGGGUGUGGCCAAGUUCCCGCCCAGAGAAGGUCACCUUCCGCUGGAUUUCUUUAUCCUUACUUGCUGCUCUUGUCCUGUUCUGUUUCUCUAUUGUGGACUGCGCUUUGUCCUCCAAAGUUGUGCUCGAUCAUGGACUGAAAAUCUAUACCAUAGGAUCUCUCAGCUUCAGCGUUAUCUGCAUUUUCUGCUUCGGAGUUUUCCUGCUGUUAUCCCGCCGUUGGCCAUAUAUCAUCCGCAGGACGGCAGAGUGUGAGCAGAUCUUCCUGGAGCCCGCCUACGAUUGUUGCUAUGGGCGUGGCUACUCCAGUCGCCUCCGACUUUGGGGAGUCUUCCUCGUGGUGGCUGCUCUUUGCGAGCACUCCACAUAUGUGGGAAGUGCCCUCUACAACAAUCACCUGGCCAUUGUGGAAUGCAAGUUGCAGACGGACUUUUGGCAAAACUAUUUCCAGAGAGAGCGACAGCAACUGUUCCUCGUCAUGCACUUUACCGCCUGGUGGAUACCCUUCAUCGAAUGGACUACCCUGUCGAUGACCUUCGUGUGGAACUUUGUGGACAUCUUCCUAAUCCUCAUCUGCCGCGGUAUGCAAAUGCGAUUCCAGCAAAUGCACUGGCGCAUCCGACAGCAUGCGAAGAUGCAAAUGCCUAAUGAGUUCUGGCAGAGGAUUCGGUCAGAUCUUCUCGAUCUCAGUGAUCUUCUUGGGAUUUACGACAAGGAACUAUCUGGGUUGAUAGUUCUUUCCUGUGCCCACAAUAUGUACUUUAUAUGUGUGCAGAUCUAUCAUAGUUUUCAAUCAAAAGGCAACUAUGCGGAUGAGUUAUAUUUCUGGUUUUGCCUUUCUUAUGUCAUCGUUCGAGUUCUAAACAUGAUGUUUGCAGCUUCUUCUAUUCCCCAAGAAGCCAGGGAGAUAUCCUAUACCCUAUAUGAAAUACCCACUGAGUAUUGGUGUGUGGAACUGAGGCGCCUCAAUGAGAUUUUUCUUUCAGAUCAUUUUGCGCUCAGUGGAAAGGGAUACUUUUUACUGACUAGACGUUUAAUAUUUGCGAUGGCAGCUACUUUGAUGGUCUACGAACUGGUGCUGAUCAACCAAAUGGCAGGAUCCGAAGUGCAGAAAAACUUUUGCGAGGGCGGCGUGGGUUCCUCCAAGAGCAUAUUUUCCUAG